UCGAUCUUCCAGCACACCUUUGGCUUCUUGAUAGCAGAGCCUCUGCUCAUGCCAUCCCAUCACACAUGGGAUGCCAGACCUGUCAGUAUGGCUGGAGGAGAAAUUAUGCAUUCAGAUUGUUUUGUUAUAAUCUAUCACUAAACAAAAACCUCCUUUUCCUCACAAAUAGACAUUGUCCAGGAACCAAAUCCUCCAAAGCUGUUAAAAUUAAACUUCUCUCUCCUUGGCCAGCAAACACCUGUCUGAUGGUCACAAACGAGGCAGUUUAGGGGACAUCACUCCAGCCUCCUAACAGCUGGCUGAGUCUGUCAGGUUUACACUCCAAGCUCCUCAGGGCAGCAGUGGUAUUUGCAUGGAGUCAGCAGGACUUUCAGGCUGCCUUGCACAGACCACUGCAGAAGAACUCUCUUACCUACAGCAGCUUUUGAACUCCUGCUGUUUCCCAUUUCAGGGGCAGCAGAUCUCUCAGAAAUGGUUUCCAUCACAGCUGAAAAUGUUACGCAGCUGUACAACAUGACCACCCAGGAAUUUACAGUCAGUCCAGAAUAUUCCCACAAUAAUUCAGGAGUGCAUCAGAUAGAUCAAUAUGAAUGUGUUAGUACAGAUGUGUGGAAAUGGCUACAGGAUUUUCAGCCUGGAUUUCUCUGGUUUAUAUUUAUUCUGGGAUCAAUAGAAAAUUCCUUUGUACUCACCGUCCUGUGUUUCCACAAGAGUAGCUGCACAGUGGCUGAAAUUUACCUAGCAAACAUGGCAUUUGCGGACCUAAUGUUAGUCUGUACUUUACCUUUCUGGGCCAUUAAUAUUUCUAAUAAUUUUCAUUGGCCUUUUGGUCAGUUUCUCUGUAAAGCCGUCAACAUUAUGAGCUACAUGAACUUAUAUUCUAGCAUUUAUUUCCUGACACUAGUGAGCAUUGAUCGCUACCUGGCCUUGGUGAAAACCAUGUCCCUUGGACGGAUGAGACGAACCGUCUGUGCCAAAUGGAAUUGUUUUGUAAUCUGGACAUGUGCACUGCUCAUGUGUUCACCUACAAUGGUGUUUCGAAAUUUGCAUUAUUUUAAAGAGUACAACAUCACAGCCUGUGCUCUUCUUUACCCAGCUAGCUACUGGGAGCCCACAAACAACUGCUUGCUGAAUAUUGUGGGGUUUGUGAUCCCAUUCUGUGUAAUUACUUAUUGCACUGUGCAAAUCAUCAAAGCCUUACGAAGCAGUGAGCUACGAAAAAUGAAGGUAGUCCAGACAGAGAGGAGAGCCACCAUGCUGGUCUUUGCUGUGCUCCUGCUGUUCAUCAUUUGCUGGCUUCCAUUCCAGAUCAGCACAGCCAUCGACACAAUCCGUUACUUCUCACCCACUCUCAGAUGCCUGGAGGACAUCAAUGACAUACUGACCCAGAUAGCCACAUACUGCUCCUUUAGCAACAGCUGCCUGAACCCAGUCUUGUAUGUGAUUGUUGGGAAAAACUUCCAGAAGAAAGCUGUGGAAUUCUACAAGGACUUGUUCACAAAGAGGUGCAGAAAAUCACAGUCUGUGCAGAUGGAAAACUCCUUGGACACUUUAAGAACUUCUAUUUCAAGCGAAUACUCAAGGAAAAAGUCUGUUUUGUCAUUACCCCGAUAGCAUAAUUUUAGGAAAUCCUUAAAGGAAGAAAGCCGUCUAAUGUGUCAGUCUCCACCCAUAUCCAUCUCUUAUAGGUCCACAAAGUAAACAUGUGGUAAUCUUCAUUAUGUGAGGGAAAAGAGUUGUUUGAUCUUAGUGGAAAUUCCAUAAAGACACCUGCUUCUAGUGUUAUUGGAUGUUUUUCGUGAUUGAAUCUUAUUUUGUAGCUUACUUACAUUUUCAUGGCUGAAUGAUACUUGGCACAAGUAUCACUUGGAAUGUUUUCUAAGGUGUACAUACAAUUCUCCAAACAGAGUCCCAGUACAGAAGCAAUUGUCAGGAUUUUGCAGCUGCGUAUGGUACCUGUAAUAGUGUGUUAAGGUUUUUGAUCUGGGAGGGGCUUGCAUUUGAGUAAGUUCUGUUAAGUGAAUCCAGUAGGAUGCAUUUUUAGAUGUGUCCAUCUUUUGGGCUUUUAACUUCUCUCUUCAGUCAUCUAAAGCUAUCUGAUUUUUUUCAUUGACAAGCAGUGCCUUUUUGCAGCUGCUCCAGUUAGUUACAGAUUUACAUGACAAAAUAGGUAUGAAAAGUAGCUGAAAAAGGUAAAGCAGUAGUGGAAGGGAACCUGCACCCACCUGCAUGAAGUUAGCAGAGUUUUCUUCGUAGAAGAAGAUUCUUUAAACAUUUACUUACUCCUUUUGAGUGGGCAAAUGCUAUUUGUAUUCAUGCUUACACUUCAGCCCAGAGACUCAGGUUUUUAGUAUUCACAAAGCAUAAUUAAUGCUAUUCAAUGGAUAUAUUAAAUCUCAGCACAACUGGCAUAAUUUCACAAACAGAAAAAACUGAGAAUAUGAAGGAGAGCAUCACCUAACUACAUUAGAAAUCUAACUGAAGAUAAGAGAGGUCUUGAAAGCCCAGAGUAUUCAAGAAGAGCCUUUUCAGAUUCUAGUAAUACCUACAUUUUGUUUGUAGAGUUAAUCUGUGAGAUUUUAAUGUAAAAUAGCUUUUCCCCAGUUGGACUGUAUUUUUAAGCUAAGUUGAUUAUACACAUAAAGAGACUCACAGUGUACUGAAUUGUCUGUAUGCACUUUAACCUCUAGGAACCUUGACCAAAACUGAGUGGAAGGUGAUGUAAGAUAUGCUGAAACAUCUUUAUUCCUUUCAAAGCACUUAAGGUUACAGCUUCUAAAGCUACCAAGGGAAAUGGAGUUUGGUGACGUGAGUAAGCUUAGAUGGCAACUACACGGUCUUUAUCCAUCAGAGCUUGAAUGGAGCAAUAAAGUUCAUUUAAGAUGGGAAAUUUGUAUUAAACCUUCAAAUAACUAAGCCACAAAAUAUAAGUGUUCAGAUGUGAUUUAAAGACUAAGGGAUUUAGAUCACUGUAUAUGAUUUAUAGGCAAUUUCCAUGGUUUUUCUUUGAUAAGCCAGUGUAAUCCUGUGUCAUAAAUACAUCUAUUGCUCAUCCUUUUUACUGUCUGAAGCAAUGGGGACAACUAUGAUGAAACAUUGCAAGGUUUUCUGUUAUAUCCAGUCUUAUCAUACUGUCUCAUCCAUGAGCAUGCUGUUCAUGCAAACCUUACACAAAAGGAACUCCAUACAGAUGUUAUCGAGGCAACAGAAGUUAUUUUUGAGUAUUUGGUACUGAGAAGUAAGAUAUAAAAAUGUUAUUAUGUUAAUAUCACAUUAAUUUAAAUAAUGUAAAUAUAUAGGCACAAUUUAUUAUUUUUUUUUUGCUAUGCAGUAAGCAUGUACAAAAGAAAAUAAAGUACUUUGAGAAAUGAGAUUUCCUGGCAUUUUCUU